AUGAGUGUGGGUUGGUGUAAUCUCACAGAGAGCUGCUGUGAUGUUCUGGCCUCAGUCCUGCGCUCUCCUCACUCAGAGCUGAGAGAUCUGGAGCUCAGAGACAAUGAGCUGCAGGAUUCAGGAGUGAGAGCGCUCUCUGCUGGACUGGAGGACCCACACUGUAAAGUGCAGAGACUGGGGCUGUCAGGCUGUAGAGUCACACAGAGAGGCUGUGAGUCUCUGGCUUCAGCUCUGUGUUCUAACCCCUCACACCUGAGAGAGCUGGACCUGAGAUACAAUCACCCAGGAGACUCAGGAGUGAGAGCGCUGUCUGCUGCUAAACUGGACACACUCACACUGCUUGUGGACCAUGGAGGAGAGAACAGGACCAAACCAGGACCCAGGAAAUACGGCUGUCAGCUCACACUGGAUCCAAACACAGCGAACAGAAACCUGUCUCUGUCUGAGGGGAACAGGAGGGUGACAUACACACCAGGGAGAGAGGAGCCAUAUCCUGAUCAUCCAGGGAGAUUUGAGCAGUGGUGCCAGGUUGUGUGCAGAGAGAGUGUGUGUGAGCGCUGUUACUGGGAGGCUGAGUUCAGUGUGUCUGAGUGGGGGAGAUGGGGACAGGUUUGUAUAGCAGUGACAGAUAAAGGAAUCAGCAGGAAAGGAGAGGAUUCUGACUGUAUGUUUGGAUUCAAUACAAACUCCUGGAGUCUGGAGUGCAGUAAACACAGAGACUCUGAUAAACUCAGAUACUCUGUCUGGCACAAUAAGAACCAAACAGGCAUAUCUGCCACCCCCUCCCCCUACGGCAGAGCAGGAGUGUGUGAUGAUGAUGCUGGUAGAGGAGUGUGUGUGUACAGGGUAGGAGUGUGUGUGGACCGUCCGGCCGGCACUCUGUCCUUCUACAGCGUCUCUGACUCUGACACACUGACCCUCCUGCACAGAUUCCACAAACACUUCACUCAACACACACCCCUCUGUGCUGGAUUUUAUGUGAGGAACUCCUCAGUGUCCCUCUGCUAACUGGAGUAGAGACACACACAAACAUGCACACAAACACGCACGUGCGCACACACAAACAUGCACGUGCACACACACACGCAUACACACACACACACACCACAUUCACAUAUCCACUCACACACACACCACACACACUUAUAUACACAUACACACAAACUCACACACACACUCAGAUACACAUGGACACACACACCCACACCUACACACACACAUCCACACACACAUACUCUCACACACACCCUUUCUCUCUCACACUCAUGCACACACACUCACAAAUACACACGCUAAUGUACACUCAUGCACACGCACUCACACACCUAUGCACGCACACACUCGUGCGCACACACAAACAUGCACACACAGGCACGUGCGCGCACACACAAACAUGCACACACAUGCACGCACACACAAACAUGCACGUGCACACACACACACACGCAUACACACAUACCCACUCACACACACCACACACACUCAUAUACACAUACACACACACUCACACAUAUACACAUAGACACACACACCCACACCUACACACACACAUCCACACACACAUACUCUCACACACACCCUUUCUCUCUCACACUCAUGCACACGCACUCACACACCCACGCACGCACACACUCGUGCACACACACUUACACACACAUACACACUUUCUCACACCAAAUCACUCACACCCCUAAUCGCACACAUGCACACACACACCUACACACGGACACACACAAUCUCUCGCACACACAAACACACACAUUCACCAGUGCACUCUCACGCGCACACACACACGCAUGCAUACGUACACACGCUCAUAACCGUAUGCACACACACGCUCUCUCUCUCUCAUGCUCAGUCACUCACACACACACACCCUCUCUCUCUCACACACACACACUCACAUCCACACACAUGCACACAAACGCACACACACACGCACACACAAACCCAUGCACUCACGCACACACACAUACAUGCGUGCAGAGACACAAACACGUGUCAACACACACACUCCUCAGUGUCCCUCUGCUAACUGGAGUAGAGACACACACACAUGCGCACACACACAAACAUGCACACACACACACAUGUGCGCAUACACACUCGAACGCAUGCACACACACACACACUAUAUAUAUAUAUAUAUAUAUAUAUAUAUAUAUAUAUAUAUAUAUAUAUACACACACACUCAAUCACAUACACACACACAUAUAUAAACACAAACACUCAUAUACACCUAGACCCUCACACACCCACACACACACACACACACACAUAUAUACAAACACUUACACACUUAUAUACACACACACUCAUAUACACAUACACACACACACACAUAUAUACAUACACUCAUAUGCACCUACACACACUCUCGCACACCCAGUUACACACACACACACCGUCUCUCUCUCACAUACACUCCAUCACACACACACACACAUACUCUCACACACACCCUUUCUCUCUCAGUCAUGUACACGCACUCACAAAUACACACACUCAUGUUUACUCAUGCACACGCACUCACACACCUACGCACACAUACUCUCUCACACCCAGUCACUCACACACACCUACACACGGACACACACACAUACGCGUGCAAACAUACACACGCUCAUACCCGUAUGCACACACACACACUCUUUAUCUCACUCACACUCUCACAUACAGUAUACAGACACACACAUCCGCAAACGUACGCGCACACACACAUACACUCAUGCACUCACGCACAAACACAAACAUGUCAACACACACACAUUCUCAUUCCCAUACGUACGCACACACACACAUUCUCUUACCCAUACGCACACACACACAUACUCAUGCACACACACAUGCAUACACUUACAUGCAUGCACACACCAUAUACACAUGUAUACACAAACAUUCUCAUACCCAUACAUACACACACACACACACACAUGUAUAAACACACACACAUUCACAAUGGCACUCUCAUGCACACACACAUACACAUAUAUACACUCACACAAACGCACGCACACACAUUCCCAUUUGCACACGCAACCCGGGCACACACAUACUCAUGCACUCACACACAUACACACACACACACAUGCUCACAUCCACAGUCACUCCCACAAACGUACGCAUGCAUGCACACACAUUCACUAAUUCACGCACACAAACACACUUUCACCCAAUCACACACACUGUGCCCAAUAUUAACCUCAGUACAGCUUAAACCCUGUACAUAAGAGUAUGAUCUUUUAGCAGGUUCAGGUUAAGCACUUGCUGUCUAAAUAUGAUUUUAUUUUUUUUACAUUUUAAUAAGUUUAUAAUGAAAAUGUUCAAGGUGUGUAUGUACUUUUGAUUAUUAAAACAUUAAUAUAACAUUGAGAGUAAUAAUGCCAGAAGAUGGCAGAGUAAAAUGUUUUUGAAGUAAUAAUUCUGUCUCCUGUAUCUGCAUCUUUUUAAAAAGAAGCCAGUGGCAAACUCCUCCACUUAAAUAUGCAUUGUACUAGUUUUUACAGUUGCUUUCAUUCAUUUUCACAAGAAUUCCAAUGUGCAAAUUUCUGUGGGCCAAUGCAGCUGAUAGGGAGAAUGCAGAAUGAUCGCUGCAGUGUACUUAUUUCAUUUCAUUACUGUGAACAAUGAUGGAUUGAGUUUCCUUAUUUAUUCUGUUAGGAUUUUUUUUUUUUUUUUGCUUUAAUUUUCUGUAUUUUCAGACAAUAAUAUGCAAUGAUUAAACCUGAACUAUAAAAAUAUCAAAUGUUUUUCUUUUGUGAUUUAUUAUUGUAUGAUGUGUUGAACUCCUGUGACACAGUACUACUCAUUUCAUAUUCUGUAUGGGAUUAUGUUUGGGCUCAAUAUGAGUAGAUCAGCAUGGGGCUAAAAUCUGCAGUUGAAGCAAUGACAUUCAUCUACAGUAGUGGAAAUAAAAUCCAUUAUAAGAAA